AUGAAUCCUCUCGUCGCUCCAGCCGUCCCUGAACCUCAGAGUCGCACCCUGUGCCUAUGCUUUGAUGGUACGGGAAAUAAGUUCGGAGAGACAACGUUUGUGGCAAUCGCCAGGGUUGUGAGACUGAUACAGCAUCAGAACUCCAACGUAGUCCGAUUUUUCCGUGCUCUCAUCAAAGAUAAUCCCGAGCAGCAGCUUCCUUACUACCAAGCUGGCAUUGGCACAUACAACAAACGCGAAUUUCAUACUCGAACGCUUACUCACUUGUCUUCGGCGCUUGAUCAAGCCGUAGCCCUCCAUCUGAAUGAUCAUGUCAAGGACGGAUACACCUUUCUGAUGCGUAACUAUCGUUCGGGUGACAAGAUUUGUCUGGUUGGCUUCUCGAGAGGGGCGUACACGGCGCGUGCCUUGGCUGGGAUGCUAUACAAGCAGGUUGGCCUUCUUCCGCCAGACAACGAACAACAAGUAGACUUCGCCUUUACAAUGUACCAGUCAACGGAUAUCUCUUCCGCGAUGACUAGUAAAGAGUUUAAGGACACGUUCUGCAUGGAUGUGAAGGUCGAUUUCCUCGGCGUCUGGGAUACCGUCUCAUCGGUCGGCAUUAUACCCAGAGCUCUUCCGUACUCUGCUGCAUGCUACAAUGUUACGACGUUCCGGCACGCGCUGGCUUUGGAUGAACGCAGGGCGCGUUUUCGUCCUAAUAUAUGGGGCGAACCCACCGUCAGAGAAGAAGUAUUGGACCAUGAUAUACAGAUCGAACUACCCGAACCUGACAAACGCGACGACUGGGUGUAUGAACCCAUUGAUCGAGGUGUGGAUGUCAAAGAAGUGUGGUUUUCAGGUUGCCACGCCGACGUUGGUGGUGGCUCUCACCGAACUGAGGAGCAGGAAAGUUUGUCCAAUAUCACCUUGCGUUGGAUGAUCAAGGAAUGCCGAAGCUCCAAGGUCGGAUUAUUCGAUAAGGUGUACCUCAAAGAUAUCGGUAUUGAUCUCGAUACCGACACGUCGACGGACCCAAGGAUGAACCCCAAUCCCGAGUCCAGCGGGCCGCCUCUGCAUACCCUCAUGCUUUCACGGAGUGACCUGCACGCCUUGCUUCACCCCAAGGAUUAUAUAGAUGCUUUGGCCUGGAUCUAUGACCAGCUCAACAGCGUCCGCUUCUGGUGGUUCUUGGAGUACAUACCCAUGCUUCAAACGUACCAGAAGGUGGACGGGACUUGGUUACGCCAUCGACUCCCGAACUACGGCGGAGGAAGAAUCAUACCUCACAGGAAUCAGACUGUCCUUGUCCAUUCCUCUGUCAGAGAGAGGAUGGAUAAGUCACAAUACCAGCCUAAGGCUCAGAACUGGAGGGAUAUUUCUGACGCCGAUAUGAUCCGUUGGGUGGACUAGUGUGGUGCGGGCAUUACGAUUGGACGAUGCAUAUAUGGGCGUCUUUCCGUAACCGCUGGCUCGGCCUCUAUUUGCAAUUUUU